UUGGAGACACAGAUCAGUUUCUUUUUCGAAACAAACGAUGAAAAUGAUGUAUCGCUAGUUCUUUUAUGGGAAACAUUUAAAGCAUAUAUAAGGGGGGGGGGGUGUCAUAUCUUAGCAGUCCUCACAAAAGAAUAUGAACAAUAUUAAACAAAUACAAUUAGAGGAAGAAAUACAAAAACCGGAUGUUGAAAAUGCUGCACAAUGAUGCGGUCGGACGCGCUUGGCCAAUCAGAUGUGCAGAACACUGAGAACCGCGAACUGACCAGCUAACAAGCCAAAAUCCUGAGUCACCAACAAGAACUAAUCUAAAAAGAAAAGCCUCAGGAAAAAGAGAAAAUGAAAGGAGCAGAGAAGUAAAGGAGAAAUUUAUGACCAAAGAAAUGUGAAGAUGCUCUGGAUGUUACAGCCGAAUUUGGACGUGUAAAAGAUAAAGAAGAUGAGACGUAUUUCAACAGGACAGGAGUUUCCCGCUUUUGGUGUGCGCGCUCCCGCGAGGGGUAAGUGCAGCUAGGCAGAGCACUGAACCAGCUCUGAACAAGGGGAAAGUGGCGGGAGUUAUGCUCUGCUAAAAUGGCGACGGUGGAGCCGCUACUCAGCUUCAAAAGUGCUCCUCAGAAACCUAUGGGUGACGUCAUGUAGCUGGAUGAGAAGGACGUUUCUUAAUACCUCAUGGAAACCACAUGUUGGAGCAGUGGAGUAUGAAGGAGAAAGACGAAAAAAAGCCAGGAGGACAGUAACGGCAGCAGUUUCUGACAGUUCAGCAGAAUAUCAGCAUGAAACAGAGACACAGAGCCACAGACACCUGUUCAACUGCACCACCCUCAUCUCCACUUCACCUCCACACCAAUAUGGAGCAGAGACCCUGUGGCGGCCCAGCAGAAAAAUAAAUGGAUCAUUUUGGAUAAACGCUGGUCCUGAAUCUGAACUGUGUCUGGACACUCUGAAUGUUUCCUCCCUCUCAGUCCUGCUCCCUCUCUCUCUACCUGGAGAUCAGAGAGGAGGAGCAGAUGAAAGUGAAAGUGUUCAGAGUCCAGAUGCCAUUUUAACUGUCGGAGCAGAAGGAAGGAAACUGAAGACUGAGGCAGUCAGUGUUACUGGUUUCCCUCUCAGACUGACUGAAGUCCUGAAGAUGAGUGUUUGUGUGGAGGAAGAGGAGGACAGAGCAGAGUCUCCAGGAUCCAUCUGUCCGUCUAUGAAGAGUGACUGGUCCAAACAUGACCCUCCAGACUUCAGUACUGAACCUGGACCCUCAGACUCACAAGAGAGGAAGAGGAGAGGUGUCUCUGUGGAGGAGCAGCUGUCCAGCUGUGCUCUGUGUCAGGACGUCCUGAAGGAUCCAGUCUCUACCAGCUGUGGACACUGGUUCUGCAGAAAGUGCUUCACCUCAUACUGGGACCAGUCUGGUUCUUCAGGAGACUCCUCCUGUCCCCAGUGUGGACAAAGACCCAGAACAAGACCUAGACUGCAGACAGCCAGUCAGACCAGCACUGAACAAACAGAUAGUGGUCUGCAGGAGGUUUUACAUCAACAUAAGAUCAGUCUGAGGAGCAGAUGUGAACAUGUGACUGAAGGAACCGAUGGAACAGGAAGUGGAACCCUCCUCAACAGGAUCUACACUGAGCUCCACAUCACAGAGGGACAGAGUGAAGAGGUUAAUGCCCAACAUGAGGUGAGGCAGCUGGAGACAACUUCCAAGAAGAAGACCCUCCAUGAUGCUCCAAUCAGGUGCCACGACAUCUUUAAAGUCUUACCUGUCCAACAGAGAGAAGACGUCUCUAAAGUCUUACCUGUACGUAAGAGAGAAGACGUCUCUAAAGUCUCACCUUACCAACAGAUAGAAGACGUCUCUAAAGUCUUACCUGACCAACAGAGAGAAGACGUCUCUAAAGUCUCACCUGACCAACAGAGAGAAGACGUCUCUAAAGUCUCACCUGACCAACAGAGAGAAGACGUCUCUAAAGUCUCACCUGUCCAACAGAGAGAAGACGUCUCUAAAGUCUCACCUGACCAACAGAGACCCAUCAGAGUGGUUCUGACCAACGGCGUCGCUGGCAUUGGAAAAACCUUCUCGGUGCAGAAGUUCUCUCUGGACUGGGCAGAGGGCUUGGAGAACCAAGAUGUCAGUCUGCUGGUUCUGCUUUCGUUCAGGGAGCUGAACCUGAUCAGAGAUCAGCAGUACAGUCUUCUCAGGCUGCUCCAUGUUUUCCAUCCAACAUUACAGAAGGUCACAGCAGAGCAGCUCGCUGUCUGUAAAGUUCUGUUCAUCUUUGACGGCCUGGAUGAAAGCAGACUGUCACUGGAUUUCAACAACAGGAAGUCUGUGUGUGAUGUCACACAGGAGUCAUCAGUCAACGUGCUGCUGACAAACCUCAUCAGGGGGAAUCUGCUUCCCUCGGCUCUCGUCUGGAUAACUUCCAGACCUGCGGCGGCCAAUCAGAUCCCUCCUACAUGUGUGGACAGGGUAACAGAAGUACGAGGCUUCACUGACGCCCAGAAGGAGGAGUACUUCAGGAGGAGAUCCAGUGAUGAAGAGCUGUCCAGCAGAAUCAUCUCACACAUCAAGACGUCCAGGAGCCUCCACAUCAUGUGUCAAGUCCCAGUCUUCGGCUGGAUCACUGCUACAGUUCUGGAGCACAUGUUGACCACAGACCAGAGAGGAGAGCUGCCCCAGACCCUGACUGACCUGUUCUCACACUUCCUGCUGGUUCAGACACAGAGGAAGAAGAACAAGUACCAUGAGGGACGUGAGACGAGUCCACAGGAGCUGACGGAGGCUGACGGGGAAGUUCUUCUGAAGCUGGGGAGGCUGGCGUUUGAACAUCUGGAGAAAGGAAACAUCAUGUUCUACCAAGAAGACCUGGAGCAGUGUGGUCUUGAUGUCACAGAGGCCUCGGUGUACUCAGGACUUUGUACUGAGAUCUUCAGAAGAGAGAGUGUGAUCUUCCAGAAAACAGUCUACUGCUUUGUUCAUCUGAGCGUUCAGGAGUUUCUGGCUGCAGUCUACAUGUUCCACUGUUACACCAACAGGAAGAGAAAGGUCCUGCAGAACUUCCUGGGGAAACAUGUUGAUUUAACCCUGGAUGUCUUCCUAAGGUUAGCCAUGGAGAAAUCCCUCCAAAGUAAAAACGGUCACCUGGACCUGUUUGUCCGCUUCCUUCAUGGCCUCUCUCUGGAGUCCAACCAGAGACUCUUAGGAGGUCUGCUGGGUCAGAGAGAGAACAGUCCAGGAACCAUCCAGAGAGCCAUCAACAACCUGAAGGAGAUGAACAGAGAUGAUAUCUCUCCUGACAGAAGCAUCAACAUCUUCCACUGUCUGACGGAGAUGAAGGAUCACUCAGUUCAUCAGAAGAUCCAAGAGUUCCUGAAGUCAAAGAACAGAUCAAAGAAGAGACUCUCUGAGAUCCAGUGCUCAGCUCUGGCCUACAUGCUGCAGAUGUCAGAGGAGGUUCUGGAGGAGUUCGACCUGAAGAAAUACAACACAUCAGAGGAGGGACGACGGAGACUGAUCCCAGCUGUGAGGAACUGCAGAAAGGCUCGACUUGUUAACUGUCGACUCUCAGAGACUCACUGUGAAGUCGUGGCCUCAGCUCUGAAGUCCAACCCCUCCCAUCUGAGAGAACUGGACCUGAACUACAACGACCUGCAGGAUUCAGGAGUGAAGCUUCUGUCUGCUGGACUGGAGAGUCCAAACUGUAGACUGGAGACUCUGAGGUUGAGGAGCUGCAGUUUGUCAGAGAUCAGCUGUUCUUCUCUGGCCUCAGCUCUGAAGUCCAACCCCUCCCAUCUGAGAGAACUGGACCUGAGCAACAACAAGCUGCAGGAUUCAGGAGUGAAGGGUCUGUGUGGUUUUCUGGAGAGUCCAGACUGUCGACUGGAGACUCUGAGAUUGAUCGACUGCAGGUUGUCAGAGAUCAGCUGUUCUUCUCUGACCUCAGCUCUGAAGUCCAACCCCUCCCACCUGAGAGAACUGGACCUGAGCAAAAACAAGCUGCAGGAUUCAGGAGUGAAGGGUCUGUGUGGUUUUCUGGAGAGUCCAGACUGUCGACUGGAGACUCUGAGAUUGAUCGACUGCAGUUUGUCAGAGAUCAGCUGUUCUUCUCUGGCCUCAGCUCUGAAGUCCAACCCCUCCCACCUGAGACACCUGGACCUGAGUCUCAACAACCUGCAGGAUUCAGAAGUGAAGGAGCUGUGUGGUUUUCUGGAGAGUCCAGACUGUCGACUGGAGACUCUGAGAUUGGAGCACUGCAGUUUGUCAGAGAUCAGCUGUUCUUCUCUGGCCUCAGCUCUGAAGUCCAACCCCUCCCACCUGAGAGAACUGGACCUGAGUCACAACAAUGACCUGCAGGAUUCAGACCUGAAGGAGCUGUUUGAUCUUGUGAAGAGUCCAGACUGUCGACUGGAGACUCUGAGCUGGAGGUGGUCUGUCUACAGAGAGUGAAGAAGAGAGCUUCAUCCAGCAGUGACUGACAGACGAAUCAGAAGAAGUGGAGAUGACUCUCAGUGCUGAAACACACACUUCCUGUUUGUGUUGCUCUCAACAGUCUGAGCUUCACAAAGACUUUCAGUGUAAAAUGACUUUAACUCUGAAGAUGAGUUUGACUCAGACGGUUGAAGCCUCGUGUUCUUCAGCUGAACUUUAGGAGAUAUUAUUGUAGGAGGAACAUGUUGUUGUUAUCCUCCAUCUCUUCAUCAACGUUGUGACCAACAGCUCUGUCAGUGUGUAAAUAGACAUGUGACGUGUUUUCAGACAGGCUGUCCAUUAUAUAGCGUACAUACCUGGCCUGGCAUCAGUCACAAGCCAUUAGGGAAGUUCAUUGUAAAGACGUGCAGAGUUACAAAAACUCCCUAACCUUAACUCUUCCCACUAUCAAACUAUCAAACUGAUAGGAAACACACACAUGAGCGCGCACACACACACACACACAACCUCCCUUCCUCUGUACCUCUCUAGAUAAGAGUCAUAAACUACAACCUCAUGAGAUGUUUCUAUGCAAUAUACUUUAAUCCCAAACUUCUAUCCUAUAGCAGGUUUGAAAUGUAAUGUGUAGACUUUAAGACAAGGUCCUUCAUGUGACCGUACUGUCAGCAUCCUUCACACGAGGUAACACACACUAAAUGACAUCCAGAAUGUCCAUAUUAUUAUUACAGUUAAAGAACUGCUGUGUAAUCCACAUUUAUAGACUAUUAGCUUUGGGAAAUGUUUGUAUUGUUUCAUCAGUUAACUACUUGUAUCAUGAUUAAUUCCUGGUUUGAAGGAUGUAAUAUGAAAUCAACACUUGUAUCACUCCUGUCUGUCAUUAUUAGUGCCAUUAGGUUUGUAUGUUAUUUCAUGUCAUGUUUUAUGGUCAUGCUGGAAGACGGAUGUGCCAGUUUAUAGCUAAACUCUAGAAUUAAACUAUUCAAAAGUUC